AUGAUGUUUGAUCAUGCUUACCCGGGUCUAGUGAAAGAUGAAGGUAAUGAUCUAUUGGUGUUGUAUCACAUGGACAACGAUUCGUUGAUUAUAUUAUCCAGGUAUCACAAAAAGUGGCCAGAACCGAAGACAAAGGCAGAGUUCUUUGGAUUCGUCAAGAGUGCUAAUUACAAGGAUCCAGAUCUAGUUAAUCAUCUGAAGUGGAGAAAUGAAGAAGAGAUGAAAGAAAAGAGUGCAUCAGAUGAAUUAACUAAGUUAGCAGAAUUCAAGGAAACACGAAGUGAGUGGUUUACGAAAGAAGUAAAAGAAAAGAAGAAAAGAGGAGGUAAGAGAACGCCAAAAGUUCAAGCUGAAGAAGGUUCGUCGUCACAACCACAAAAGAAACGCAAGAAGAAAACUGUUGAAACUAUGUUGGUCGAUGAACCUGAAGAAGAUGAAACAGAAGUUGAUGCUGUAAGAGAUCAAGACCCAGUAUCUCCUGAAACUGAACAACUAUUGGAAAAUAUUGAUUAUGGUUUGGAAACUGUGAAAGCAGCUGGUGAGGGAGGUGACGAUGAAGAAAAGAGCUCAUCUGAUUCAGAGAAGAAAAGAAAGAGGAGUGGAGAUGACGAUGAUGAUUUGUAUGUUCCAUCACCAGAGCAUGUUCAGGAGGUUCAAUCACCACCAUCAUCUGGAGAGAAUAUAGCUCUUGAAGACAUUGGAGAUUUUAACUUUGUAACUGAUGAUGUUGUGAAGAAGUUACAGAAAAAGGUGGAAGAAGUGUUAGCUGAUAAGAAGAAGCUAGAAAAGCGUGUCAAGUCUGUCGAAGCUGAAAACUCAUCUUUGUUGAAAAGACUAGAAGAAGAAAAAGCUCGAAGAGAUGAACAAAAUGAAUACUUCAAGCUGAAGAACAAAGAGUUAGAGGCCAACAACGCUAUGAAAGAACAUGAAAUGUAUAUGAUGAAUAAAGUGUUGGAAAACUUGAUCGGAAAGUCGGUUGAACAAAGGUUUGAAGAGAUUGAGGUUGAAGAAGUAAGAGCCAGACGUAAAGCUAAGAUGGAAGCAGAAAUGAAAAACAAAGGUAAAGGUGUUCAAAUUGAAGGUGUUGCUGAAUCUAUUCUUGAUCCGUGUCCAAUAUCAUCUGUUUCUGGUGAGUUUGACGAUGAUGAUGAAGAUGAUGAUGAAGAUGACGAAGAAAAUGAUGAUGAUAUCAUGAAGGAUGAUGCAGAUGAUGUAUAUUCUGCAAGUAGUCAUGAUGAUGAUGAUGAUGGGAAUAAUGACGACGAUCAAGGUACUUCUGGUAUCAAAGUUACUGAAGCUUCAAAUGAAGAGAAUGUUGAUGAUUAUCUUCAUGAUGAUGCUAAUGAAGAACCAGAGAAUGCUGGAAGUAUGGGGGAGCAUGAUGAUUCAAAGAAUGUUGAUGAAAGUGAUGAUCAUGUUACAAGAUUGAUUCUUCAUCUUGAACACAACGUAGAGGAAGGAGAAAUCAUGCAUACUUAUACUCUGGAUGAAAUCAUAAAGAUGACGCAUGUUGAAGAUAUUAAUUUCAAGUUUGAUUUUGAAGAGGAGCUAAAUCAGUUUGAUAUUAAUCAGCAGCCUGAAUAUCAGUACAAAUAUGUUGAAGAUGCUGUUAAUUAUGACAGAGUUGAUGUUGAAGACUGUUGUGAUGAAGAACAGUCUGAGAAUGUGAAUGUUGAUACUUCUAACUUUCCGACGCUUGUUGAAUUCUUCAGUCAAGCUAAUGAAGAUGAGUUGCGAAGAAAGGUCGUGGAAAGUGUAAAGAACAAGAGUUUCCAUGAAACGUCAAAGGAUGAACAGCGCGAAGAACGUAAGAAAUGGUUCAGAAAAGAUGCUGAAAAAAAGUUCAAGAGACUGCUGAAGUACUACAAGAGAGGCAGAGAAGUUUCUUUGGGAGACAUAAUCAGUUAG